GAGGACAACCGCGUGAUCUACACCCACGCCGUCCACCACGCGACCAUCGGCGGCAAGCGCAACGUCGCGCUCCGGUUGGCGACCGGCGACGUCGUCGCGCACUUCGACGACGACGACGUCUACGCGCCGACCUACCUCGCGACCAUGCUCGGCGCCAUGGCGGCGCAGGACGCCAAGUUCGUCAAGCUCAGCGCCUGGUUCGUCCACGACAUGGGCUCGGGCGCCUGGGGCCAUUUUGAUAUCGACGGCUUCGACGCGCGGACCGAGCUCGGCGCGAGGCUCCGCCUGCACCCGAACCUCGCGAAGCUGUCGAGCCAGUUUUUGUUGACCUACGGCUUCAGCUUCGUCUACGAGAAGUCCCUGUUCCCCGCGUUCACCUUCGUCGACACGAACUGGGGCGAGGACCAGGCGAUCCUCGCCGAGCUGAACCGCGUCGGCGUGCCGGUCGCGUUCCACGCGGACCGCGAGGGCAUCUGCAUCCACAACCAGCACGGCGAGAACUGCAGCCGGAGCUUC